GAGAACCAAGCGUGUCAACUCAAGAGAGGCGUCAAGUUAUUAAACGGGGGGUAUUAAAAGAUGUGAUUGCUUGACACUGGGGUGUCAGAUGAAUGUGGAUUGCUGUGCGGACGGAGCUGGAAGUUUGGGAUACUUACCUGACGAGAUCGGUGGAGACGGUUAGGAUUUGCAGAUUUGUCCGGAGCAUAGGAUUUGGAAUUAUCUACUACAAUAUGGGUGAUGAAGAGAAUGCAGCCUUAGUUAUUGACAAUGGAUCUGGGAUGUGCAAAGCCGGAUUUGCGGGCGACGAUGCACCAAGAGCUAUCUUUCCCUCUAUUGUGGGUCGGCCUCGUCAUCAGGGUGUAAUGGUCGGCAUGGGACAGAAGGACAGCUACGUUGGUGAGGAAGCCCAGAACAAGAGAGGUAUCCUGACCCUCAAGUACCCCAUCGAGCAUGGCGUCGUCACUAACUGGGAUGACAUGGAGCGAAUCUGGCACCACACCUUCUACAAUGAGCUACGUGUGGCUCCGGAGGAGCACCCCAUACUAUUGACUGAGGCCCCGCUGAAUCCAAAAGGCAACCGAGAAAAAAUGGUUCAGAUCAUGUUUGAGACGUUCAACUGUCCCGCAGCCUACGUCGCCAUCCAGGCCGUUCUCUCUCUAUAUGCAUCAGGUCGCACCACCGGGAUUGUCCUGGACUCUGGUGACGGUGUCUCCCAUACUGUACCCAUCUAUGAAGGGUACGCCUUACCCCAUGCGAUAUGUAGGCUGGACCUGGCCGGGCGUGACAUGACGGACUACUUGAUGAAGAUAAUGACGGAGAGGGGCUACUCCUUCACAACAACUGCUGAACGUGAAAUAGUCCGCGAUAUCAAGGAGAAGUUGUGCUACGUUUCGUUAGACUUUGAACAGGAAAUGAAGCUAAGCAUUGGAAGCUCAGCGAUAGAGAAAAGUUAUGAACUCCCAGAUGGGCAGGUUAUUACUAUAGGGAAUGAACGUUUCCGAUGCCCAGAGUUGAUGUUCCAGCCCUCAUUCAUCGGCAUCGAGUCAAGUGGUAUACAAGAAACGACCUAUCAGAGUAUAAUGAAAUGUGACGUCGAUAUACGCAGAGACCUCUACGCCAAUACCGUCCUGUCUGGAGGCUCCACCAUGUUUGCCGGUAUCGCCGACCGCAUGCAGCGCGAGCUGACGGUCCUGUCUCCAAACUCCAUGAAGGUGAAAGUGGUGGCCCCUCCGGAGAGGAAGUACUCGGUGUGGAUCGGAGGCUCAAUCCUGUCGUCGCUCUCGACGUUCCAGCAGAUGUGGAUCAGCAAGCAGGAGUACGAUGAAAUGGGUCCUGGCAUAGUACACAGGAAAUGUUUCUAGAACCCUCCUUUAGAGAAGGUACAUUCAAUGUCCCCCCUUUCUAGCUUCCCCCCCCCCCCCCCCAAAAGUAAAAGAAAGUUCUAAGACAUAAUGUUUUAAGGAAAGACAAGAUAUAGUCCAUCAACCUCUACAAAAGGAAAAAGGUUAAAACAUGAGGCUUAAGGCAAGGGUGCAGUGAAUGAUGUAAUAACAGUAAUAUGAAGAGGGCUAGGAAAUGUUUAAACAAAAAAAACAGAUUGUUUGAAGGAAAGACAAUAUACAGUUCAAUAAACCUAGAGCAAAAGCAAAAAAGAAAGGAAGUUAAAAAAUGAGGCUUAUUAGGCAAGGGUGUUAAGAAUGAUGCAUCAAACAGUAAAAAAUGAACAGGGACAGGAAAUAUACAAAGAAAAUUGUCAAAACAUAAAAAAAGAAAGAAUCUGAGCGAACCAAUUUGUAACAGUACAAACAAAUAUUUCCAUACUUCUUUGAAGUAAUAGUUUGUAACAAGAUUUAGAUUGCGGUUUUCAUUUAGAGACACCGCGGAAGUUUUCAAAUUGAUUGUCUAUACAAUAGCGAUUUGGGAAUUCAAACAUCACUUUUAAAACCUCAGUACUAAUCAGUUUUAUAAAAGAGCACUUUUGUGUGAGCUUCAAAGUGACCGGGUAUUAUAUCAUAACGACCUUAAAGCCAGUGGACACUAUUGGUAAUUACUCAAAAUAUUUAUUAGCAUAAAACCUUUCUUGGUGAAGAGUAA